UCAUAUUCUUGAAUGGUCAAGUCAAGUCUUAUAGGUUCUAUCCCAUUUUUGGUUCUUCAGUUAUUGGCACUAUUGAAAGGACUUCUCAGGAGUAUAUUUUUGUUUCAGAAUCAACUGACAGCUGGUAAGAUUACACAUCCCAAAAGUUACCGCAUCUUUCAGCAGCUAAAGAGGGCAACCGUUGACAUUCCAUCAACUCAUACUGGUGGAUUAGCUGAGAGAGAGCUAGCAGUCGCAGGUGAUAGGAGAGAUGGACCAUGGACGAGAACCAAAUCAAAACCAUUUCUGUGGAAAUCCAUUGUCUUGAAAGAACCAAACCCAUUUAAGUCCCCACUUAGGAGUCAGGGCCAUUACUGCAAGUGGGGUACCCUCCACUUUGUCAUGGCUCCUUGGCUCCAGUCUGCAACCAAUCCCCAAACCAUGGCGAGGCUGGCAGAACCUCGGCUCAAUUAGAGCAACCCUUGAUCCAAAACCCAAGAAUUUGCCCCCCAUUUCCUGCCAUUUCAGCACUUCCAUACCUCCCUGCCCAUAACUAAGUGUAGUGGAAGUUUUUCUGAAACUGACCACAAUAUCCCUAACUAUUCAUGCCAUUUUCAUAUGAAAACAAAAAAGUAAAAAGAAGAAGAAGAAGCUGUUAUAUCAUGGGAAAUCCAAAACACAAAAUCUCAUUGGUUACUUGGAACUUGAAAGUGACGUAGAAGAUACAUUUGCUGCUAAAUAUCUUAUCCUGUCUGCCAAACAUGUCCUACCCCCAAGUAUAUAAAUACACGUCAAAUAAUAUCUCUUUCAAAACACACUCCCUUUACACUGCUAAGCUAAGCUCUUCACUUCAGUCAGUACUGUAGGCAGAAUAUACUGUCCUUAAACAACGAAGGACUUGGAAACUCGAUUAAAACAAGCAUAGAGAGUUUGCUUUGCAAGUGGGAAUGGCUCUUCAGGCUGCUUCUUUGGUUUCCUCUGCUUUUGUUUUCCCCAAA